AGCCAACGAAGGAAAGAGUUACUCGGAAAGGGCGGAGCCGUCUCAGCCAGACGCGGAAGUGCCUGUUAGUCGCGGCCUGACAGGAAUCAGAGCACUUCCGGCAGGAGACGGAGCUCCGGGGCUGCGAUGCCUGGAACCGGGGGGUAACGGGAGCAGAGAAUCAAGAUUUCCUUGGAAAAUGUGAAUGUUUAAAGGACUCGGAUGAACUAGGCCCCACCCAGCCUACAUGCCUGCUCCGUAGGAAUACGGAACACGUGGGAUGAAAUGGAGGCCGGUUCCGGUGCUUUCCGCGUCGAGUUCCCCAACUUCUCCAGCACCAUUUUGGCCAAGUUGAACCAGCAGCGCCAGCUCGGGCAACUGUGCGACAUCUCAGUGGUGGUCCAGGGCCACCUCUUCCGAGCACACAAAGCCGUGUUGGCGGCAAGCUCCCCUUACUUCUGUGACCAGGUUCUACUGAAGAACAGCAGGCGAGUGGUUUUGCCCGACGUCAUGAACCCCCGAGUGUUCGAGAACAUCCUCUUGUCCUCCUACACCGGGAGACUCUCGCUCCCCGCCCACGAGAUCGUCAGUUACCUGACAGCGGCAAGCUUCCUUCAGAUGUGGCACGUGGUCGACAAGUGUACGGAGCUGUUAGAAGGAAACCCGACUCUCUUAUGUCAGAAGGCCAACGCUGGCAGCGACCACCAGUCUCCGAGCAGCAGCAACUACAACAGUCUGAGCGAAGGCUUCGAGCUCGGGGCGGUCGGGCCGGUGGAUUUUCGGAAGGGCGAAGAGAUGAGAGAUGUCGAAAACGAGGUAGAAAGUCCUAAAGACGACGAGCUGUCGUCCCAACUCACCGAACACGAGUACCUGCCGAGCAACUCUUCGACCGAACACGACCAGCUCAGCACGGAGUUGACCAGCCAAGACGGAGAAGAAGUGGCCAGCGACAGUGCCGAAUAUCACUACACUCGGCCCAUCUACAUGAAACCGAGCAUCAUGUCCCACAAGAGAUGGAUCCACGUCAAACCAGAAAGGUUCGAGCAGGAGUGCGAAGGCAUGGAAGCCCACCCUACUUUUGAAGACCACAUUUCAGAGUCCAUUAACGCCGGCCCCUUAGAACCCCAAAUCCAGUCCUCCGGCAUCGGCGACACGUUCGACCUUUGCGGCAAAAAGCCAGGGGACUUAGAAGGGCACGGCAAAGUGACACGUUACGACGAGCAAGUCGAUUUUUACGGAGCUUCCAUGGAAGAGUUCACCGCGGAGCGAGACGACCACCUCGACGCGCACGGAGUGGAAAACCCCUCCGCCCCCUACGGGGAAGGAAUCGAGGUAGCCGCUGGGAUUAAAGAAGAAACCUCUCCGUCCGGCUUCACCGCCGUCGUAUACAAACUGUACCCCUGCCAGUGCGGCAAAAGCUUCACGCACAAAAGCCAACGGGAUAGGCACAUGAGCAUGCAUCUCGGCCUACGCCCUUACGGCUGUGGCGUCUGCGGCAAGAAAUUUAAGAUGAAGCACCACUUAGUCGGCCACAUGAAGAUCCACACAGGGAUCAAGCCGUACGAGUGCAACAUCUGUGGCAAACGCUUUAUGUGGCGGGACAGCUUUCACCGGCACGUCACCUCGUGUUCCAAAUCAUAUCAUGCUUCGAAAGUGGAGCCGCCGGCACCGGCCGACAGCUAGACAACGUUCUGCCAUGUUUCAUCGACUCCGAGAUGUUCGCGUAUACCAACAAUAAACUUUUUUUUUUUAAAGAAAGAGCAAUAAACUAGAUUGUAGUGUGAAA